AUGGGCGGCAUGGAAAGAUUGACAAGGACGGCAGAUGCCUCUCAGAGAUACCUGUUCCAAGAACUCGAUUCCUCGUACAUGAGCCUGGUUCUCGUCAUCUGCUUUCUGAUCUCAGGUCUCAUUGACAGCGUGGCACUCAACACGUGGAGCUGUUUCGUCAACAUCCAGACUGGUAACACCGUCUUUGCCGCCCUUGGUCUGGGCGGUCAGCCGAAAGCCAGCCACAAGCAGCAAUACUACAAGUCUCUGACGUCGAUUGGGGCCUUUUGCCUGGGUGCCCUGUUCUUCAGUGCUCUGCAUCGCUAUCCCGCGGGAGCUGCAGCUGGCCCACAACAACAACAACCGUGGUCUCGAAGGCGGACUAACCUCAUCAUCUCCUUCUUUGUUCAGACAGCCUUGAUCGCCAUUGCCGCGAGCUUGGUUUCCACCAACGAAGUGUCAAGCCGACCAUUCGUUGCCGGCACAUUUUCCUCGGGCAACGACGAGAUCCCUCCCUCGAUGAUCAAUUUUCUGGAUUUCUGCCCGAUAGCACUCAUCUCCUUCCAGGCGGCAGGCCAAGUCACUCUCUCGAGGCUGCUCUCCGUGGUUGAACUACCGACAACAGUCCUGAGCGCCCGGUACCAUGACGUCUGCGCGGACCUGCACACCAUCCGAGAUUCGUGGAGGAAGAGCUCCAGUCUCUGGGAGUUCUUUGUCGUGCGGGAGAGAAGGCAAGAGAGACGAGCGGCGUGCAUCCUGGCGCUUUUCCUCGGAGGCGUCGUUGGUGGGGAGAUGUAUAAAUCCUCUGCUGGGAUGGCGGGAGCGCUGUGGCUUGCUGCGGGCCUGAAAUUCGGUAUCCUCAUCGGAUGGUUCUGCUGGAAGGGACAGAAAGGGGACCACGAGGACCGCGGUGGCGACCAAAUACCGCGAUGA